AUGGGGGACCUUUUGGGGGACCAGUCCAAGUAUCCUUUCCUGCCCCAGCUGGCACACUGUUACCUGUGCAUCCCUGGGACCCGGAGCAACUACUCAGGUAUGGGAGGAAUACUGUUCAAAGAAUCUCCACUUCUUGACAGACCAUGGAGGGAAAUAAAGUGGGGAGACAAAGCCGGCAUUCUGCAGUCUGUGAAGGAUCACACUCGCUGUAAUGACGACCAGAUCAUCAGGAUUCUUCUUUAUGGGCCGUCUGCAGCAGGAAAAUCCAGUUUCAUCAACUCUGUUCACAGUGUCUUACAUGGUCGAAUGUACGCACAGGCCUUGACAGACAACCACUUUGGCACAAGUUUCACCAGGAAGUACAGAACCUAUAGGAUCCAAAAACAAGACGGGUCCUUUUACCCAUUUGUCUUCAAUGACAUCAUGGGCCUGGGCAAAACUGAUGGAGUCCUUGUGGAUGAUGUCAAAAAGGUUUUGAAGGGGCACGUGAAGGAUGGUUACAGGUUCAAGACUGAUACUGAGAUGGCAGAUGAUGAUCCGUUCUACAUCCAAAAUCCAACCAACAAUGACAAAGUGCACGUUCUGGUUUGUGUGUUUGAUGCUGACAAGGUAUCUCUAAUGGAACCAGAUAUUCUGCAGAAGAUCAGGAACAUCAGAGCAGCAGCGAGUGAGCUGGAGAUUCCUCAAGUUGUUGUUCUAACCAAGAUUGAUGAGGCCUGUCCUGAAAUCAAAAAAGAUAUAAAGUGUGUCUACAAAGACAAAGCCCUGGAAAAGAAGAUUGACAAGUUCAGUGCAGACACAGGAAUCCCAUGGAACUAUAUCUUCCCAGUGAAGAACUACGCUAGGGAAAUCGACCUCAAUGAUGACAUUGACUGUCUGAUCCUGAGCGUGCUGAGAAACUUGAUCAACUUUGGAGAAGACUGCAUCGGCUUUCGUGCAAAUCAGUCCAUCAGUGAUGACUGA